UUUGUCUACUUCACGGUGCUUUAUACAUCAUGGAAACAUUAUAAACAUACCCAAGAAGGUGGGUGUCGAAAAAUAGAUUAUUAGGUGAACUUUCAGCACUAGUUUUCGACAGCUAAAAAAAUAGUUGAAAUUUCAUUAAAUGUUAGCAAAAAUAUAAAAUAAGUUACCGUAAAGAUUGAUUUCAGAACCUUAUCCAUCCAUUGAUUCUUUUGAUGUUGCUUUUAGCCGAUUAAAAGGGGAGUUUUUUCGUGAUUCAAAAUCAUUCUUAUUUGGUCGAAAGCAUUGAAUUUCACAGGUGAUUUAGAAUGUUACUUUUAAAUUAUUGAUUUACUACUAUUCAACAAAUUAUUUAGAGGAAUUUUUGUAUUCAAUGUAUACUAAAGUGGGAGAGCAAAAAUAGAAAAAUUUGAAUUCAUUAAAAAUUUGUCUAAAACUAGCUCUUGUCGAAAUCUACACUGCAAAAAAUUAACAUUUAAACGGUAUGUUUUUCCACACAUACGUUUUUAAAAUUGUUCAACAUAUUAAAUUUAUUUGAAUCCAAUUGAAACCAACAUUUCGACACAUAAUUUUUAUGUGGAAUAAAUAUAUUGAGCCGGCUUUAUGAAAAUGAGCGUGCAGAAUCUGUCAAAAAACAUCGAACCUGCUGUCGAUGAAUUUUGUCUGUUUUUUCUUUCAAAAUGGCGUGGUCAAAUUUAGUUUUGGAUGGCGUGGACUCAAAACGAGGAAUGGAAAAAACUCCGAAAUCCUGCUUUUUUUUUCCUCGGAAGCAAAGGAAACUUCAUCAACCAAUUCUGAUGUGGAUGCCAGAUCGGGUGGCGGUGGUCAACGCGACAGGUGUUAAAAUAUUUUCUUACUGGAGCUCGAAGCCCGGAUGUGAUCGGAAUCAUGCACUUAAUUAGCCAAAAGGAGCACUCUAUCGGAACAACCUGGGAUGUUGCCUUGGAUGAGCAAGGAGAGCUAUUCAAACUUCACGAUAAUCUGCCGUACGGGCCCGAUGCCGCUUGCCAAUCCGGACAGUGUUUGACAGUGUUUACUUACAAUAAAAUGUGUGAAAUUAAUAAAACCAGUUGGUUCUGAAAGAUUUUAGCGUUUAAAUAUAUAGAUCAUUUUCCCCUUUAAUAAAUAAAUUGAACUAAUGUACCCCAAAAAGCUUAAUUGAUCCAAUAUGCCUGCCAUAUAGCAUUUGUAUGCCAAAUUUCAUAUCUUUUAUUUGUUAGACAUAUGCAUUACAUGUGUCGCCACGUAUAACCAUUCUAUGUUUUUGGCUAUGUGCGGGACACAUAUUUUUCAAUUGUUUAACAAAUUGCAAAAAUCUAUAUAGGCUGACACAUAGCCUCAAAGUGUCAAUUUCGUUGAGUGUAGAGUAUUUACCUUAAUGAUUUUUUAUGAAACUUGCUGAAAAAAUUGCGUUUUGAAGGUGUUUGUUGUUUUAUUUUGUUUGAUUUGCCAAAUAAAAUGAAUAAAUCUGGGCAAAAUACGGGCGUCUAUAAACGAAAUCCAGACAACCGGGCCGGGCCGGACUGUUCCCAAAUUAUGUGUUAAAUAUCCGGGCAAACCCAGAAAAAACCGGGCAAUCUGGCAACCUUAGUUUAGGGGUUAAACCGCCCUCAUAAGGGUCCAUCAAAUGCAAAUUUUCCCACUUAUUGAUAGGAAUUAAUUUCUGAAUACUAAAAUAUAAGUUUUGACUCAUUUCAGAGAUUCUGAAAUAUGUAUUUGUGUAAUCCAGAUUAGAGUUAUGAUCUUCGGUUCGAAUCAUCAUUAAAAAUUUAAAUGAAAAGCAGUGUUUGAAACCGUCGUUUAAAUUUGGUUUGACAUUUCCUUCAAAAUUUGAUGCCUGAUUUUCGAGACUCAUACGUGUUUUUUUACAUUUAGAUAAUAUUUUUCCAAAUAUGAAAAAAAAACUUGGAAAUCAUUGUGAGAUUUUUAGUUUCAUAUUCAUAAACGAAUUUGAAAUCCAAGUUCAGAUUCCAAGUUCAUGAACUUUAUUCCAAUGCAAAACUCAAACAUUACAAAGCUUCAAAAUAGCGAUAUAAGUUCAUCAUUCGAUUUUUUGUCUUUUUAUUUAGAAUUGCAAAUUGAAAUAGAAAUAACUUAUAGAAAUAAUAAAGAAUGAUCAUUGAAACCCAAAAGAUUCGAAUUAUAAUUAUGGUUUCUUGAUUGAGGGCUCUGAAACUGAUUUCAAUUCAUGGCUCAUAUUUUUAAAUUCAGAAACCGUUUUUAUGUACAUUCCAGAAAACGUAUUGAUUGAAUCUCCGAAACAGAUUGAAAAUUCAAAUUUUGAACUCAGACUCAAAAUUCAGAUUGAGAUUCAGCUCGAAACUGAGUUCCACAAUCAAAAUAAAAUAAUCAAGAUGACUAUUGCGGUAAGGAAUCGAAAUUGCAAGAAAUUGCAGGCUUUUAGUUCUGAUUUUAAGUUAGAUUUGAAAAUUUAACAAAAGUCAGUUGCACAGUUCAACUAAAAAUGAGUAGAAUUAAGCAGAAUUUAAUUUCAUUCUGCUAGUUUUUUGUUAUGAAAAACUUAUUUCGAAAAACCACCAACAGGAAUUCCUUUAAAUGAAAAGUAAUUGAUGCUAAAGAAACAUGUAUCUUCUCUUAAAGAAGUUGCAGGGAAUUUUUUAAAUCUUUAACUUGGAUCGAGUUUGCAUAAAUCGGAUUUGAGCCGCAAAAUUUUAUUCUUUUACUUUAAAUUUUGAAAAUGUGAUCUAUUUUUGAACUUUUUUUUUAUGAAAUUGAAGGCUAUCUUAAAAAAUAUAUACAGUAAAGUAAAAUCAAAUGAGAAAUAUUAAGCUGGCCAGGUUACCCGGUUUUACCCAGACCUACCCGGAUAUCAUCUGGUUGCCCGGAUUCAAAAUUUUUUUUAUAUUUUCGUUGGAUUGUCUUGGGUUUUUGUCAAAAUUUUUCGCAUAUUGCCCAGAUUUUGGUAUGCCAAUUUGAAAAUGUAGUACCCGCAUUUUGCCAUAUUUUAAAUAAAAUAAACCAGAUACAAGCGGGAGAACACUUGUCACUCUUAAGGUUAGUUCACCAGAUUUUGUCGCAAAUUUCAUGAUUUCAACAAUCGUUGAAAAUAAGUUUUCUAUUUUGUUACUAAAAGAUACUUUUAUACAAAUCAUAAUCAACUUUUGAAAGAUAUUGAGAUUUAUUUUAAGAAAUUUCUUUUCAACACGAAAAACUAUUUACGUUAAAGAACUAAGUAAAUAAUAUAUUGUAUUAAAAUUGUAUAUUUCUUUUAUUCAUAUAUUUAUUGAGCAAAAAUAUCAUAGAACAAAUAGGUAACCAAAUACCCCCCCCCCCCCACCUCCCCUCCAUGUGUCAGUUCUUCCUACGCCCCUGGCUUGUUACCUAAUUCAGGCGCAUCAAAAUUGAAAAAAAAAAUCAGGCUCUUUUUUACAGUACUUUAGAUGGAGGCAAAAUAGUUGUUGAAGCAAAUCAGUUUUGAGAAUUGAACUUUUCGACUCUGAAAACAGUAUCGAAAAGCUCAUCAGCGAGUUGCAUAUAAAUUUUUUUGCAACACUGCAAAUAAUAGUGCAGAAUCAUGUUUUUCAACCUGAAGAAUCAGAUUUUAUAAUUUCCUCCAAAAUCGAAACAGUGUCGUAAAGUAGCAUUUUUAGAAACUGCUUAGAAAACUGUUUCAAAAAGUACUUGUUUUCGACAUUGGUUUAUCGGCAUGAAAAGCAAGAAGUUUUAAAGCCAAAUUUCGUAAAACAAUCAUUUUUGUGUGGAGUUGUAAAAACUGCAUUUCGUCUCUGUUUUGAUUUAGAAGGAAAACUACAACCGUUGUUUUCAGGUACCGUAACUUGAUUUUCACAAAGGUAUUUUCGAGCAUUGCAAAAAAAAAUGUAAGCAACUCUUUGGAAAAUUUGACUUUUUCAGCACUCGACGUAACUCGUGUUGAAAAAAUCCUCUUUUACUACUGGUUUCAUAAGUAACUGUUUUGCAAUUUCGCUGUAAUAUAUCCGCUUUUCAAAACUUAUUUCGGUAGGGAAAACAAGCCUUUAUACAGGCUUAGAUAAGAAUCUAAGAAUCUUCUCAUUCGAACCAAUUUUUACACGUUUAGAUUGUGGGAAUGUUAAUUGGAUACCCCUGGCAAAAUUCGCAACACUCUCUCAUUUUUCAAUCAAUUUGAUCAAAAUUUAUAGUUUUAGAAUCCUGAAUACGUUUUAUGAUGCUUAGAAAACAUUCAAAGUCGUUGAAAACCCCGCCUGAAAUUUUCAGAUAUUUUUACUAAAAAAACAUAUCCUUCACUGAUAAAACCGUUCAAUCAAUUUGUGUUUCAUUUGUAUGGAAAAAAAACCUUCCAGUAGAAGGAAGCUUUUCUUUUCUUUUAGUACCAAUUUUUACGCUUUUAGUAGUAUUUUUUGUUUUUUUUAUCGAACACACACAUAUUGGAUCUCAGUGAAUCUCCAUGUUUCUUUGAAGUGAUCUUAUUUAUUCAGAUCUAAGGCGUACGUCUUUCAAGGUUAGAAUGGCUGUACCAUAUUACAACUGCUACAACCACCAGCCCACAGAAAGAGAACUAUGCUUGCCGUGACCGGAAUUCGAUCUCAUGACGUCUGGCUUGGAAGACUUGAACGCUUUCCUCUGGACCAUGGACGGUGGCUAAAUUUUUUUUUUUGUUUUAUAGGAUUGUUAAAAUCUCGCUUUAUUCAACCUUUUUCUGCGUAUCCGUAGGGAAGAACAUGGAGACUUGAUUCCAUUUUCUUUUUUUCAACAUAUUUUUUGUUUCGAAAACCUCGGCAAAUCUUUUUUAACAGUGUUUCUGUCUGAUAGCCGUAACUGGCUCCACAAGAGGCCAGGAAGGAGAUCCCGGAGAUAAAUAGGAAGCAUUUUAGUGGAGAGUUUUUUUUCAAUAUUUUAAAGGUUGUCAAAUUUCUAAGUGAAUACAUAAAUACAUUCCUAUUGCAUGUUUCAUAUUUUAUUUUUUCUGAUUUGAAAUCAUCAAACUAUUUAUAAUUGAAGUGUAGUGGAUAAAUCCCAUGUCUAUGGUUCGAUUAGUUCAAAAUUGAAACAAUAAUUAACAUAAAUUAAAUUGCAACUGAUUAUGAUAUGUCUUGAUACUUUCCCUAAAUUCUUUUGGCAAACUUUUUCCAGAGAACCGUCUGCAACCCUAAAUGCUCCUCCGCCACCGUCCAGGCAAAAAUCCACGCUGAAACCACAUCCGGUAAUGAACAAACUGCAAUCGCACAUGGCCGUAGCCUAUCACCAGAAGCAACCGGUGACGGCGACCUCGAACCGAUUGGAGCAUUACGUCUCCCCGAAUAACCUGUACGGAACCUACAUUCAAUUUGGCCAUGUCUCAAGUCCGCUCCAAUCGGCGAAGACCAAAUUCAUCAGCCAACUCGCCAGCCAUCCUAGCUUUGAUUCACAGCUCAAAGGUUUACUGCAUGCCGGCGCAGGUGGCAGCUAUCAGCAAACGAUGGCCCACAUCAAGAACCUUCAGAAGCUCAACUACAUGCAACAGCAGAACAAAUUGCAGCCUUACUUCAACCACAUUCCGAUCGAAGCCGAUUUUCCGAAAAAAUCUAUUCUGCCAGUAGAGAAGGACGUUUCCAAAAUUCCUGUAACCCCGACCACACCUCUGUUCCCUCACAUUCCACCAAGCGUUUUGACACCCUUCUUUCAACAAGUGCAGCAACAGCAGCAAAACAAGUACAGUUUCAGCCUGAAAACACAACAUCCAGCUCCUCCAGCUGCAUCCCAAGUGCCAACAUCCCAAUCUUUGAAAGAGAAACCUUUCAAGCCCCCGCAGUCUCAGUUCCAGUUCGAAUCGCAUCAGUCCCAUUCGACUGCCCUUCAACCUUUCAAAGAUCAUCAUGCCGCGGAUAGUUUCGGUUUCAAUGCGUACCAUAAACACCAGCAGCUUCCGAUUGAGCACAAGCCGCAUGAAGCUAUCAAAUUCAAAGAAAACAAGCAUGUGUUCAACGAAAUACAUGAUGAAUACAGUAAAAAUCUUGUCCCACCUCCAAUGAGCACUGAGCAAGCCUUCCUUCCUACAAUCGUCAAUCAUGUCGAAAGCUCCAAAGACCCAAUUGAAAUAUUGAACAAAUAUAAUAUCAACCCCCAUUCACCGUUGCAAGAUACAAACCGCUUCAACUAUGAAUCCUAUGCACGACCAAGCUCCUCACCUUUCCAUCCAACAUCCACUCCUAGUACAACUUCAGCUGCCACACCCUCUUCGACGCAACGUCCGCCUUCUACUACUCCACGUCAACCAUUCUACUCGCAUACCAUCACAUUUGGUGGCGAACACAACAACUUCAACACACCGGUACUUGUAACGCCAAUCAACGAAGAUUGGAUCGGUCGGGAUAAAUUUAUAACCACAGAGAAACCCAACGUCUUCAAACAUCUCUUCCGUCCCAUUGAAAGCGAAUAUAAACAGCACAAGCUGAUGCAUCCUAGCUACACCGGUCUCCCACCGAACAAGCGAGUUCAAUCCACAACUCCAUUGGCACCGGUUGAAUCAUCGACUGAGGAACCUCUCAUAACUCACAGUUUCUUCACAAUAGAAGAUGCCAUCUCAGAUCCAACGCUCAUACCACCCAAUAAUCGCAACAAGUACAAAUACUCAACCGAAGCCGAAGGAAACCGGGUCGAUGAACCACAGCCAGAAAUAGUUACCAUAGGACCAGCUUUCGAUAGUUCCCAGGAAUCUGGCACCACCACUGUUUAUCCUAUGUUCAAGAGCAAAGGUCGAAGGCGCCGCCCGAAGCCUCAUUCGUCAUCCACCACCGAACAAUCUGCCGAAGUCGAUUCCAACGAGAGUCCACUAGAGCGACCAAACCGAAACCGGUUCCGAUAUCGACCACGGCCAACGCUCGAAGCAGAAAAUGAAAUCAAAACUACAGAAAUUCCUACUACUCCUUUCCUCACGGAAGAUAGUUCCCUGAAGAAACUUCGCAAGAAGCCUAGCAACUUUGAUAAAACUCGGGUGACCUCCAGCAACAUCCGGAACGAAAUCUCAGAUCAGGAACGUGAACACUCGGACGUGUUUGACUUUUCCCCGGUAACCCAGGACGCAAUUGUCACAACCACUACCGUCAACAGUAUUCUAGGAGCGCUUUUCAACGAAACCAUUGGCAGUAAUAACGGACUUCGCUCUCGCUUCCGACCAAUAUCCGGAGAACGUAACAACGUUACUCCAGACACCAAAAACACUCGAACAAAAUCGAAAUUCUCCGAAGAACUGCAGGAUCUGUUCAAAUCAACAGAAGUGACUCGUGAUCCCGAAACUACUCGACCAAACUUCAAAAUGCCCAGUCUUAAACCUAGCCUCCGAUUACCGGCCACCACCUACACCUCAAGUACUUCUUCAACGUUCGCUAGUUCUACCUCGGAAGAAACCAGUGCCGAAGUGAACCGAACACGACCCGAACUUAACCGACCACGGUUCAGCAUCAAAGAGUUCCGAAACAAACUGAACCGAACAACGACUUCAACAACGCCUUCAUCCUCGUUCUCAACCGACACCGAAAGCACCACACCGUCUGCGUCCACGAAGCUUCGAUUCCCCACCCGGAAUCGGUUCCUUCUCAACACCCGACUAACGCCUCUCAACAAAACUACCGAUUCCAAUGAAAUUCUUUUCUCCAACAGCAGUAGUAGCGGCAACAGCUUACCUUCAACCACAGAAAAGUCCCUGGUAUCGGCGGUCGGUAACGAUAGCACAACCACCAGGACAUCGUUCCGACCAACGGGAACCCGCAGCUACAACCGAUUUACGGUGAAGAAGGCUACCACUGAAAAUCCCUCGGUAGGAUCGCCGGUGACGUCCAGCACAAACGGCAACUCGUUGAGUACGUUCCGAACGGCCAGCCGCGGUCGGAUACGAUUGCAGGAUACCACCACGCAGUCGUCUCUGAACCGCACUGCCAACCCGUCCACGUUGAAUUCGAGCACAUUGGCCAAUCGACGGCCACCGAAGAUCAGCCUGCGGCAACGAAUCCAAAACUACAACCGGAAAAAGGAAUCGGACAGCGGCAGCCAAAAGGACGUCGAUCCAGCUUCCAAUAGUUUGCUGAACUCAUCUGACGAGCUGAAGACUUUCGACGAUCUGGAGCCUCACAACAGUCGCUACGACGAGGGUACAAUUGAGGGAGCUGGCCCGGGUUCAUCCGGAACUAGUACCACGACCGAAGGAUAUCGGCAACCGGAAACGGCCAUUAUGAAGAUUUCACCGAAAGAUUCGCCUUCCGCGACUUUUAACGGGUACGGCGAAACUGAUUGGGAUCUGAACAGUGCCUCAUCGGAUUACAGCAAGCGGGUCGUUGAGUUGACCCUGUCGGCGAGUAAAGAUAAGGGUUUUAAAUCGGUCAAUAAGGGGCUGCUGUCCCGGAGGGUUCCUGGCUAUUUCACACUGGCAACGGAAGACCCAAUUCUUCCGAUAGAGGCCUUUUUCCCGCAGGUGAAAAAAGUUAAUGCGUGAACAGAGAGUAUGAGCAAAUUAGGGUUGGAUAGUAAAGAAUGGUAGAGGUAUGUGCGUAUUUUUUUGUAUGACGAAAUGAGUGAGGAACCAUGUGAGCGAUGAUUGCUUCUGAGAAUUGUUAUGAUGGAAUGUGCGUAUGAAUGGUCCAGAGAAUGCUAAUUUUAGACCUCGAAUGGAUUCUAUUUUCCCUGUUAAGAUGUCGUUUAGAGUAAAAAAGUGCUUCCAAGUCUGCAAUAAGACACACGACGUGACCCAGAAAGGCAUGCAACAUUAACAAAGUAGCUUGCACGAUUUCUGGACCACUCACCCGGUAGCCUACUGCGAUCGAGACACGCCAACACGGCUCAUCGUUACUGGUCCAGAGACCUCUCAUUAAGUCAAGAAGCAAAAGUAAUUGGAGUAGAAGUAGUCACAGAAAAAAAUGCGUCUGGUCGUUCAAGAAUGUUAAUUGCGGUAAUCAUAGGUUAGGAUCACGGUAGGCGAAGCAUGGCCAGCUCCGAUCGCACGCGGCAUACCAUACCCCCGGGAUCGAGAAAAAAUGGGAAGAAGGGGGAUCGUCUUUUCUAACAAGCACACAGACUUUAACGCCAGAUAAACAGGGAACCCCCGCAAGAAAACGACGUGGUAAAAGUUGUCAUUAUACACUUAUUGUUGUCAUAAAAUGAAGUAGUUGUUGGGCUACCAUUUUAUAGUCCUAUUCUUUGUUAGGGAUCUUGCUAGACGUUUUAAUGAUAUUCUAUGUAGUUUAACAAUAGUAAGUUAUUACCAGCGGACCACUACUGGGUCUGUAAAUGCUUGAAGAGAAAAAAUGAAGAAACAAGGCGUCAACAGAAAAUUAAAUCUCAAAUUAACAGUAGGUACGCAGAGAGUGUUUUUAUUUGUUAGUUAGCUCGUGAGUAAAUUAUUAUUUUUAAACGGAAUUAUAUUUGCCAAAUCUCAAUUGCGGAAUGAAAUAGAAAACGGUCUUUCUCCAAGUGACGUAUUUUAAAACACGCUUUCAAAAAUGAACAGUUAAACAACGAAAAAAGUGACGCCAGGAUUGACUAGAAAAUACUCAACUAGGAGCUAGAGCAUUCAUUUAUCAAAUGGAAUGCAGAUUUAUUUGAGAAAAAAAAUAAUAGGAUUCAUUGAAUAUAUGC